CUGCAAUCUCUCCUGUCCUGAAUCCAAAAUCUCCCAAUCCCAAAUCCGUCAUUCAUUGCAGGGGGGCGCCAAAACCCCCAAUAUAUUAAAAAAAAAAAGCAGAAGGAAAAAAAAAAAAUACAAAUCAACAAACACAUCCCUCUCUUUUUCUCUCUCUUUCACUUUCUUUCUCUAUCUGUAUUUAUAUCCAUCGAUUUAUCUGUGCGGCUUUGUUAGGUUUUUUAAUCGAAGCUAUGGAUCAUCAAAAUGCGGUGAAAGAAGCCCUAAACGCACUGUAUCAUCAUCCGCAAGAUGAGGUUCGUUCGAAAGCAGAUGAAUAUCUACAAGACAUUCAACGCUCCAUCGAUGCCUGGCAGGUUGCUGAUAAUUUGCUUCAUGAUCCCACUAGCAAUCUGGAAACCUUAAUCUUUUGUUCUCAAACCCUUAGAAGCAAGGUACAAAGAGAUUUUGAAGAACUGCCUUCUGAAGCCUUUAGACCAUUACGAAGUUCCUUAAAUACUUUGCUGAAAAAAUUUCAUAGGGGCCCCCCUAAAGUCAGGACUCAGAUUAGCAUUGCAGUUGCUGCAUUGGCUGUGCAAGUUCCUGCAGAGGUUUGGGGUGAUGGUGGCAUAGUGAAUUGGCUUAGGGAUGAGAUGAAUUCUCAUCCAGAAUAUAUACCAGGAUUCUUGGAGCUACUUACAGUUUUGCCUGAGGAAGUAUUCAACUAUAAGAUAGCUGCUCGUCCAGAAAGGCGCCGCCAAUUUGAAAAGGAGUUGACUUCUCAAAUGGAGUUGGCUCUUAAUAUUUUGACAGCUUGCUUGAAAAUUAAUGAACUUAAGGAGCAGGUGGACUUCUUAUACAGACAUAGCUUCAGUUGCACCACUUAUCAAUCAAGUAUUUUUGGUCUGGUGGUGAGUGAUGUCAAAAUGCCAAUCCAAGGGCUGUUGACAGAAAAAUUGAAGAUGGUUCUUGAGGCAUUUGCUUCUUGGCUCCGACUAAGGCAUGGGAUCCCUGGAUCUGUGCUUGCUUCUCACCCAUUAGUUCUUACAGCUCUCUCAAGCUUGAAUUCUGAGCUACUUUCAGAGGCAGCUGUAAAUGUUGUUUCAGAAUUGAUACACUACACAACAUCAGGAAACUCUGGUGGUAUUCCUGUUCAGAUGCCUUUAAUUCAAGUACUUGUGCCUCAAGUUAUGAGUCUUAAGGAGCAACUUCGGGAUCCAUCAAUGGAUGAAGAAGAUGUGAAAGCCAUUGCUCGAUUAUUUGCUGACAUGGGUGACUCAUAUGUUGAGCUGAUCGCAACUGGAUCUGAUGAAUCAAUGAUGAUAGUAAAUGCAUUAUUGGAAGUUGCUUCGCAUCCAGAAUAUGACAUUGCUUCCAUGACAUUUAAUUUUUGGCACAGUCUUCAAGUUAUCUUGAUUAAGAGGGAUUCAUAUAUUUCAUUUGGUGAUGAAGUGUCCAUUGAAGCUGAGAGGAGGAGGAGGCUGCUAGUUUUUCGGUCAGCCUAUGAGUCACUUGUGUCCCUGGUUAGCUUUCGAGUUCAGUAUCCCCAAGAUUAUCAAAAUCUUUCAAUUGAAGACCUCAAGGAUUUUAAACAGACUAGAUAUGCUGUUGCGGACGUGUUAAUUGAUGCAGCAUCAGUUUUAGGUGGUGAUGCAACUUUGAAAAUUCUUUAUGUGAAACUUGCUGAGGCUCAAGCUUGCUGGGGAAAUGGACAUAGUGAGUGGCGUCUAGCAGAAGCUGCUUUAUUUUGCAUCAAGGCUAUAUCAAAUUAUGUUUCAGUUGUUGAAGCUGAAGUAAUGCCUAAGGUUAUGUCUUUGCUGCUAGAGCUUCCACAUCAGCCCCAACUGCUUCAGACAGUUUGCUUAACAAUUGGAGCAUAUUCAAAGUGGCUUGAUGCUGCAUCGGAUGGAUUGCCUUUAUUAUCUUCAGUCAUGAAAAUUCUCAUGGAUGGCAUGGGGACCUCGGAAGAUUCUGCAGCUGCUGCAGCUGUGGCAUUCAGACACAUCUGCAAUGAUUGCCGGAGAAAGCUUUGUGGAUAUUUUGAUGAUCUCUUCCCCGUAUACCAUAGGGCAGUAAUCGGGGAAGGUAGUUUUAGAAUUUCUGCUGAUGAUUCUUUGCAUGUGGUUGAAGCCUUAAGCAUGGUCAUUACAGAACUUCCUCCAGACCAGGCUAAGCAGGCUUUGGAGAAACUAUGCUUGCCUGUUGUUACUUCUCUACAGGGAGUUAUCAAUCAAGGUCCAGAAAUAUUGGAGAAGAGGCCUGCUCGUGAGUUAACCGUUCAUAUUGAUCGACUUGCUUACAUCUUUAGAUAUGUAAAUCACCCAGAAGCUGUGGCAGAUGCAAUUCAAAGGCUAUGGCCGCUCUUUAAAGCAAUCUUUGACCUUCGUGCUUGGGACAUGCGGACAAUGGAGUCUCUUUGUCGAGCUUGUAAAUAUGCUGUGAGAACUUCUGGGAGGUUCAUGGGAAUCACCAUUGGAGCAAUGCUAGAAGAGAUCCAAGCCCUGUAUCAACAGCACCAUCAGCCUUGCUUCCUUUAUCUCUCUAGUGAAGUUAUAAAGAUAUUUGGUUCUGACCUGUCUUGUGCAUAUUACUUGAAAAUUUUGAUUGAAGCUCUUUUCAAGCGUACAAUAUGUCUUCUCACAAAUAUCAAGGACUUCACUGCCAGACCAGACAUAGCAGAUGAUUGUUUUUUAUUGGCAUCAAGAUGCAUUCGUUAUUGUCCUCAACUAUUUAUUCCAUCUACUGUAUUUCCGAUGUUAGUAGAUUGCUCUAUGAUUGGUAUCACUGUACAGCACAGGGAGGCUUCCAAGUCCAUACUGACCUUCUUGUCUGACAUCUUUGAUAUUGCAAAGUCUAGUGGGGGGGAACAGUACUUAUCCAUCAGAGAUAGUGUUAUUAUUCCCCGAGGUGCCAGCAUUACCAGAAUUUUGGUUGCAUCAUUAACAGGAGCGCUCCCUAGUUCUCGAUUGGAAACGGUCAUGUAUGCUUUACUGGCACUAACUCGUGCCUAUGGAGCGAAUGCAGUGGAGUGGGCCAAGGAGAGUGUUUCACUAAUUCCACUGACAGCUGUCACAGAAGUGGAGCGUGCUAGAUUUUUUCAAGCAUUGUCAGAUGCAGCAUCUGGGAAUGAUAUCAAUUCACUGAUGGUUCCUGUUGAAGAGCUUUCUGAUGUUUGUCGGCGAAACCGGACGGUGCAAGAGAUUGUACAAGGAGCAUUGAGGCCGCAUGAAUUGAAUUUGGUUACUGUAUCAUAGUGGAGAGCAAUACAAACGUGGAUUCUUGCUUAGGGUUCAUCUGUUAGUCACGAGUCAUGCGAGUUACUUGAAGGUAUACUUGCUGUUACAUUCAUUUUUCAUGGUGUAUUAUUUAAAUCAUUCUCCAAUUUUUUAGGAGAAUCUUUUCUAUUGGUUGGGAGAGAACGAAGGGUGAUUGUUGUAUCUUUAUCGAUGAGUUGUUGGAUGUCUCGAGUGGUUUGAACCGCACUGGCUUCAAUUUUUGGGGUGAAGUUUCAUUAUAAAGAUGUAAUUAAAAAAAAAAAAAAAGAUUACAAACACUA